AAUUAGCACAAUUAUUCAUUCUACAGCCCUGCCUGCCUCGAUAAUUUCAAAAUUCAAAAUUCCAAUUCCAAUUCGACCAGGAAUCAGGUAGACGAAGAACCACUUGGUGGAUGUGCUACCUGUUAAUCGUUAUUAUUAUUUUUAUUUAUUUUUGUCUCUCUUUCUUUAUUUAAUUGCGAGUCUUCCAUUUUGGUCUUCAAGGAGCCGAGAAAUUCCAGGUUGUGGAAAGAAAUGGAGACGACGGGUGUCCUUGACAUGGAGCUGGUUGAUCAAGUGUUCUCCAAGUGUUGCCAGCAGCAAGGCCUGAUCAAGGAGGAUCUCCUGAACAUGAUGGAGCAGUUCGGAUUGAUCGUCAAAUUUGCCACAUCGCCAACAGAUGAAAUGUAUUUUGUACCCUGUCAACUGAAGACGCCACCUGACGCCCUUUGUGAAAUGGAGCCAUCACCGUCAGAUCCAUGUCCAUUGUACCUGCAUUUUCUGGGGGGUUUUGUUCCUCACGGCUUCUUCUGGCAGCUUGUGUCACGAUUCACCAGAUGGUGCUCUAGAAAUGGAUUCGGGCAGCCACCGAGAUUUUUCCAUGCGGCAGCGCUUUUCUUCAUUAAGAGUAAGUUCACUUAUCACCUGGCUCUUCUGUGCAAGAAAAGAUUCAUCAAGAUCGCCUUGAAACCAACACAGUCCGUCCGUGGACCAUCAUUUCCCGAAGCAAACGAAGUAGCAAUUCUUGUGCGAACGUUUCUGGAGGGGACAAUGCAAAACCUUAGACGUGAGCUCCCUUGGUUGAGCAACCUGACGUGGGACCUUCGUGUGGCAUGUCCUGGCUGUCAGCAAGUGGAAGACACUUGUUCUAGGCACGUUGACGACUCCUGUGAUGACGAGAAUUGUCUGUGUCUUCUUAGAAUUCUUGAAGGAGGACAACUCAGCCACUGUCCAAAGAGAUUUUGUGCUGAAGUACCAACGGUCACUGGAGUGGAGAAGUGGUUUGCAGUCAAAGGUGAGAUCACGUGAUGUCAAAUGAGCGAGAAGGGGACUCGCGCGUCCCCCCUCGCAAGCCCCGUUCUCUCUUGCGCCCAUUUUACUUACAAGCGCCUGCUACGCGGACUACAGUUGAAAAAUAGGGCCAAUCAGUCUCUAGUUCAGUAAUGGAAUCAAGAGUGGCAAAACUGUUCUCUAUAUUAGUCGCUUAUAAAACGUUAAGAUAUAAAACAACCUGGUGUACUCAAUAUUCAUUUUUUAUUUUCAUUAUAUCAACUUAAAAGUCUGUUGUACUAGAUAGCCUGUGUACAGCUACCCCUUAACCUCAAGAAAAAAUCGGCUUAACUAGACUUUUGUGUCGUUUUUUUUGCGCAGCAUUGCGUCCAGGCUAUCAUCCUGGUACGGACGAUGUUUACAACAUGACAGGUCGCCCAAGAGGAAUAACGCUGAUCAUUAAUAACGCGUCUUUCACCCUUCAUCCUAAACAUGGACAACAGUCACCUCGUCACGGGUCCGAAGAAGAUGUUCGUCAAGUUGAAGAGCUAUUUAUUGCCCUCGGUUUUGAGAUACAAAGGAGACAGAACCUUUCAAGACUACAGCUCUUAGACGAACUUGAUGAUGUUGCCUGCCAGGAUCACAGUGCUUAUGAUUGUUUUGUGUUGUGGCUCAUGAGCCAUGGCAGGAGUGGUGAGGUGUUCUGUUCUGACGGUAACACAAUACCUAUUCAGACUCUUCAUGAUAUGUUCAGCAAUAGCGAUACGCUAAGCGGUAAGCCAAAGCUGUUUUUCAUCCAGGCGUGCAGAGGUGACGGAGAAGACGAGGGGGUGACUGUUUCCGCUGAUACCGGUAUUUCAUCUUACGAACAGCUUAGUCCCAACCAAGUUGAUUCACCCAUUGAUGCCGUGAAGAAACCUGCACCCAGAGUCCCCACACAUGCAGAUUUUCUGUACGCAUUUUCUACAGUCGAUGAGCAUGUAUCGUACAGACAUGAGGCUCUAGGAAGCUAUUAUGUUCGCGGCCUAGUUGAGGCAUUCCGUGAACGAGCGGUUUAUGACCACCUUCUCGAUAUUUUAACAGUAGUCAACCAGAAAGUCAGUAACAUGGAAGCUAACAUGCCAUCGGUGAAGAACAAGAAUGAAAUCAAAAUCUUUAAGCAAAUGCCUGAAGUUAAACAUACCCUGCGGAAAAAAGUUUGUUUUUAG